CUCAUUAAAUGAUUCAUUCUUUUUUGUUGAAUAUAAAUCAAAGAAAACUUUGAUGAGUUAAAUUCGUUCAUGGCAAUCCAAUGAGAAUGAGGUCCAUCAAACCAAAGGCUCUGAUAGCGUCAUGUAUUGCGCAUGCUCCACGCCCACCGGAUGCGGAAAGGUCCGUUGAGAAGUUAACGAGCGCACGUGGAGUUACUUCUUUGGCAUACCUGAUAGUGAGAAAUACAUCACAAAAUAAAGCCACAUUCCCAUGCUCUGAGAUUCUUAUGCACCUCCUCAACAAUACAUGUGACGUGUAUGUGGCAGUGCAAGCAUUGUGUUACCAGAGAGAGCAGCAGGUCAGCAUGAUGCCCCAGCCCAUAAGACUGAGGAUCAUUCUCGGAGAAGAUGAUGCCAGGAAACUAAUUUUACCAGCUGGGAUAUCAGACUCCAUUGAGGAAUUGUGUCAGGAAAUAAAGACAAAUUUUGGAGUGCAACAGGAUUUUCGUCUUCAAUAUCAAGAUCCUGAUUUCGGAAAUGAUUUUAUUGACAAGGAAUUCCUGCGCAUAUCGACAGUACCGCUGCUAUCUAGAUUCUUUUAUGAGCUAGACUUGUACACUCCACGCAUGAUGGAGCUCUUUCGAGGCAAAGGUGGGGUGGCUGGCAGAAAAAUGAGACACAUUAUGGUGGCCAUCUCCAAGGUGGGUUAG